AUAGUUUAAAGUUAUCCAUCCCAUCCUAGCCCUCCUAGCCCACUCCCACUCCCACCUUUAGUUUUGUGACAUCUCCCCCUCAACCCUCACUCCGUCGUCCAGCCUCGUCCGUCUUGCAACGCGCCGUUCUCGAACAUAUUCCCGAGCAUUUGAGCGUUUCGUCAAAAGGGCCAAUUCAAAAUGUCGGACCAGGAGAUUGAUCAAGAUUGGAAGCCGAAUGGCCGCCGCCCGCAAUCUACGAUCGCGCAAAUGUUUUCACAGGAACUGAUGGACAUUUUCCGCAUCGAUAACAGCGUCGCCGACCUGGACGAGCAGGUGGAUAAGCGGAAACAGCAGAUUAAUUCCCAGACGUCCGAGCUCGAGGCUCUCGAGGCGCGCAUCCGCGAGAUGGAAGAACGGCUGAAGAAGCAGGCAGCGGCCGUCCAGCCGAACAACAGCAACGCGGCCCCGCCCCCGCCGCCCGAAAAGGACCACCCGGCACAGCAGCAGCACAAGUACGGCGGUAGCCGGCCAGGCACAGCCAGGCAGAGCCAACAGGCAGUCCCAGGAGCACUCCCGCCCACGCCCGUGGGAAGCGAAGGUCCCUGAUCUUGCCAACCGCCGGACCUUACCGUGAGAGGGGGGUAGGCUAGGCGUCCCGGCCCGCCCCCUCCCAAUCCCCCUGGCCGCCUCCAAUUCUGCUCAGAAAACCCCGGCUUGCUCAGAAGU